AUGCCUUCCUUUGGAUUCUUCCUCGCCAUGUUGGUAGCUACGGCUGCUGCAAAGCCUGUGUCUAUUGAUCCCCGAGCAAGCUGCACCUUCACCGACGCUGCAACGGCAAUCAAACAGAAGACGUCUUGCAGUACUAUCACUUUGAAUGGUGUUGCUGUUCCGGCUGGACAGACUCUGGAUCUGACUGGCCUCAAAGACAAUACCAAUGUCAUCUUUGCCGGAAAGACCACCUUUGGUUACAAGGAAUGGGAUGGCCCUCUCAUUUCAAUCUCUGGCAAGGGGAUUCAGGUCCAGGGUGCCUCUGGACACACUAUUGACUGUGCUGGCCAACGAUGGUGGGACGGUAAAGGUUCAAACGGCGGAAAGACAAAGCCCAAGUUUUUCAGUGCUCAUAAACUCACAAACUCCAACAUCAAGUCGCUCAAUGUCUUGAAUACACCAGUUCAAGCUUUUAGCAUCAAUUCGGUGACUGAUCUCGGCUUGUACAAUAUCAACAUGGACAACUCUCUCGGCGACACCGAGGGCGGCCACAACACGGAUGCAUUCGACGUUGGCUCUUCGACCGGCGUGUACAUUUCCGGAGCUAUAGUAAAGAACCAGGACGACUGCUUGGCUAUCAACUCCGGUACCAACAUUACUUUUACUGGCGGUAACUGCUCCGGUGGACAUGGCCUGUCCAUCGGGUCGGUUGGUGGCCGAAGCGACAACACGGUUAAAACUGUUCGCAUUCUGGACUCAAAGAUAUCCAACUCGCAAAACGGCGUUCGUAUCAAGACAGUUUCUGGAGCGACUGGUUCUGUUUCUGAUAUCGUCUACGACAACAUCUCCUUGUCCAACAUUGGAUCCUAUGGUAUUGUAAUUGAGCAGGAUUAUAAAAAUGGUGGGCCAACUGGCACGCCUACUGCUGGCGUUCCCAUCACUGGUCUUACUGUUAAUAAAGUCGUCGGCACAGUUCAGAAAAGUGGCAUAAAUGCAUACAUUCUAUGCGCUGCUUGUUCCAACUGGACCUGGACCAAUAAUGCAGUUACCGGAGGCACGAAGACUAAGACAAACAAGGGCAUUCCCAAGGGAGUUUCUAUUUAG